UUUAGAUCACUUUGUCCGAAAAUAUAAAACUUUGAUAAGAUCUUAUCUUCAGAUAACAUCUAUCAUUACGGUAGACGACUUUCAAUUACUCAUGGAAGUUAUUUCCAAUUUUGUUUUAUAUUUAACCUGUGUAUUGAUGUAUUACAAUAGCUUAUUCAAUAUGCCAAAGAUAAGUCAAUUAUUAGAGCUUAUUAAACAAGAUUGGCUCGAAAAGGAAAAUAUGAAGGAAUUUGAAAUCAUGAAGAAAUACGCAAAGGAUGGUAGAAUGUACUCAUUGAUGAUAAUAAUGUUGACUUAUGGGUUAAUUUUUUUGGUGAUGUCCGUAUCAGCUAUACCAUAUAUUCUAGAUAUAUAUUUUCCUCUAAAUCAAACUCGAUUUCACACUUUACCAUUCUCGGUAGAAUUGUUUAUAGAUACAGAGAAAUACUACUGUCUGGCAUUCUUUAUCAUUUUUUUCACAUCUUCUUUAUCGUGCAUAGUUGUAGUAGGCAAUUACACAUUGUUCGCAGUACUUGUUUAUCACAUUUGCGGAAUGUUUUGCGUAGUUAGAAAUAUGUUGGAUGACGUAGUGGAUGUCACAAAGGAAUAUGUAUAUGAUCGUAAUACAGAGGACAUAGCCUAUGCAAAAAUAAUUCGUAGUAUAAAAUAUCACAAAAAGACUUUAGAAUUCGACUCCAUCUUUAAUUCCUCCUUCGAACAGGGUCUUUCAAUUCUGCUAUUAAAAAAUUCCGCAUUUGAGUAUGAAAAUAUAAGAGAAACCAUUUCUUCGAUUUUAAAUAUCAUUGUCAACUGUGGUAUACUCUACAUGAAAUGUCAUUUAGGCCAGAAAAUAAUAGAUCACAGCGUUCUUAUAUUCGAUAAAACGUUUGAUAUGCCAUGGUAUAUGCUUUCUAAAAAAUCACAAAUGUUAUUAUGCUUCAUGAUGAUGAGAAGUCUGAAACCUUGUUAUUUUGUGCUUGCGAAUUUUUUUAUCUUAUCUAUCAAAUUUUCCAUAUCGGUCAUUCAAACGACUUUGUCUUACGCCAUGGUUAUGUAUUCUCUGCAAUAAUUUUUGUGAAAACAUGAUAUUCGAGUUUGUUUUUCUAAUCGAAAAUUCUAAAUGAUCAUCGGUAUUUAAGAGAUUAAUGCUAUAGAUUAUAUAGAGAUAAUGCAAAG